AGCCAUAAAAGUAGUAGCUAAUAAGGUAACUUGGUCCAUGGAGAAGAUUACUAAUCAAUCUUGAGAAAAAUGUAAAGAAAAAAAAAAUAUAAUAACCUUGAACAAAUGUGAAAAAUGUCAGUCAAAUAUUGAUCAUAAUUAAUAUCAAUAAUAAUAAUAAUAAUUUCACAUAAUUUGUUAAUUUAUAUAAAAUACAAAUAAAAAACAACGAAUGCAAGAAGAAUUCAUCGUUGGUCUAGUCUCCUCUCCGCCCAUAGUAAAAAGAGCUUAUCCUUGAAAACACGUAGGAUUUGCGGCACACACUCACCCCCACACCAAUACAAUUUGUCAACUCUUAUUUUUCUCUCUCCUCUCCCUUUAAAAGGAGAAAUAGGUGACUCCCUAAAAAGUCGCUUCUUUUCUUUCAUUUCUAUUUUCACACAUAUUUUGCUUAUUCCCCAAGAAAAUAUUUUCACUUUCUCUCUCCUCUUUUCUAUUUUCUCUCUCUUCUCAAGCUCUUAUCAUCUUUUACCAGCUAUCAUCUACCGAUUACAAGAAGAUAAUUAACAACUCAACUUUUUGAAGUGAAUUCAUUUAUCUCGUUUUUUUUUUUUUUGAAAGAUUUAUCAAAAUAAAGAUUGAUUAAAAUGAAGGUGGUUUGGUCUCCUGAUAAUGCUUCUAAAGCUUAUAUUGAUACCGUUAAAUCUUGUGAAUUGUACCAAGAAUCAGGAGUAGCAGAACUAAUAUCAGCGAUGGCAGCAGGAUGGAAUUCAAAGCUAAUAGUAGAAACAUGGUCAAAUGGCAAUUUUACCCCUCGAAGCAUCGGUCUCGCCAUCGCAGCCCGUCACACGGGCGGCCGUCACGUAUGCGUAGUACCCGACGACCGCUCUCGGUCUGAUUACAUGCAAGCCAUGUCAUCCGUCGUACACGGCGUACCAACACCGGAGAUUCUUGUCGGAGAACCAGAAGAAGUGAUGUCCGAACUCGAAGGCGUUGACUUUUUGGUGGUGGAUAGUCGAAGAAGAGACUUUUCGAGGUUCUUAAGGUUAGCAAGGUUAAGUAACCGAGGGGCAGUUUUGGUAUGUAAAAAUGCUGAGGUUAAAACGGCGUCGUCUGGGUUUAAGUGGAGAGGAGUUCUAGAUGGAGGGAAAUAUCGUGUGGUACGCACUGCUUUUUUACCCGUAGGACCGGGGUUAGAUAUCGCACACGUGGCAGCAUCUUGCAGUGGGUCUGCUCCAUUAACGAAGAAGAAGCGUUGGAUUAGACAUGUGGAUCAGAUAUCUGGUGAGGAACACGUCAUCAGAACUACCUGAGAUAUUUAUGUUUAAAAAAAAAAAAAAAAAAAACAAACAAACAAACUAGUAUUCGUGAUUUAGGGAAAAAAGGAAUGUGUCUUUAUUUUAUUUUAAUUUAUUUAUUUUGGGAGUGGAAAAGGGGAUAUUGUUGACUAAGUAAUAAAUGUAAAUAUAAAUGACUUUGUUGCUUCUGAGACAUCCAUGCAAAUGUUUCAGAAGUGUGUAGUUUAUGAUAAUGAAUGGUCUAAUUGAGAUUAGGCCAUAUCUUUGUACAGACUAAUUUAAAAUGAGUGAUUAUGAAGUUUUGUUCAUAGACUUGUUGA